AUGGCCAGUACAACACAUACAGCUAAGCCAAUAACUAUUGACUUUCGAAAAUAUAAGGAAAAAGAAAAUCGAAGACCUGAAGCAUCGUUAAAUGUUCAACACGUAUCAUCAAACUCAGGCUCAAGUGGCUCAUUACCUAAAAGAUAUCAAAGUGUGUUUACUGAUAGUACACCAAUAACAUCCUUUGGUAUUAGAAACGAUGAUCAUUAUUCACGUUCACAUUCUCCUCCAAAUCGUACACAACCACAAAUUCAUCAACGACCGCUUAAAUCUGUCAAAGAAUUUCUUACUACACAUUCAACCGCCGAUCAACGAAUAGACGAUCGUCGGCGUUCAUCUUCUCAAACAAAUGGGUUUACUCGUUCUCAAGCAGAAGCAACUAUACAAAAUGUAAAUGUGGCCUUGACAAAAACAUUAAAUAAAUUACGGCCAGAACCGUCAAAUACUGGUUCAACAAAUAUUCGUUCCACGUCAAUUUAUGUUGGACCAUCAUCGACUCGACCAAUAACGGCUCGUGUAACAACACAUCAGAACACUGGUACAACAACAACAACGCCAUCAUCAUCAAAUUAUUUUUAUCAAUUACCUGGAAGUACAAAAGGUCCACUACCGGCUGAGCUUAUUACAAGACGACCAACUAGUUCCUUUGGAACCAAUAUAUUGCCUAAUAGUACAUCACAUAGUCGACUUUCAACGGGAACUGGAACUGGUUCACUUGUUCUACCACAAUCAGCAACAAUAAAAAGUGAAACAAAAUUUAAUGAUAAUGCAAACACUCGAAUAUCAACACCGUUACGUGCUCCAGCAAAAAGUGUUGAUAUAGGUUUACAUCAGUUAGAUGGAUUCAAUUUCGAUAAUGUUACAUUGGAUGAACAUCAAGAAAAACUAAGAGCAGGCAAAAAUGAAUUAAAUCAACAGACAAUAACGAAAAUAACUUCUCGUAAACAAUCAUCAGCUCCACGUGCACCAAGUGCUGAUAGUCAACGAGCAUUACCAGAAGUAAGUGUAAAUCCACAAAUUCAAAGUUCUGUACAACAAAAUACUGAUCAAUUACCAUAUGUUCAUGAAUCUAUUCAAAACGGCAUAUUCAAUCAUCAUAUUCAAGUUGAACCAACAAAUACAAUGAAACGAACAUCAUCUUCAUCAAAAUCUCAACAAAUUCUUGAUGUUCAACCAACUAUUAUUGUUCAUCGUCAACAACGAUCGGCAUCAUCAGCAUCCAGGCCAAAUUCAGCAGCAACUGCUAUUCUUCCAUCAACAAUAAAGAAUCCACUUAGUGAAGCUUACAUAGACCGAGAGAAUAUCCGUUCACAAGUAUUCAUACCUGAAAGUACAAAUAAUAAUAAUGACAGUACAUCAACACUUAAACAAUAUGACAAUCAAAAAGAAACGAAGAAAAAUACACAGAAUUCAUCGACACCACCUCCACCUCCAUCCCCAUCUAAUAAAGAAUCAAAUCGUCUAUGGAAAAAACAACGAAAUAAAUAUUCGACCAAAGCAAGUGCAGCAGCAUUAGUUACUCGAAAGAAUGCACAAAAUACUCGACCACCAGCUCGACUCAAAAACUAUGAAGAUGAUUCUGAUUCUGAAACAAUUGCAACGGAAAGUCAGGGUAAAGAAGAUGACAUGACACGUCGUCAUGGUAACCUACAGAGUGAUCUCGGUAGUGAUGCAUGGUCUGAUUUAACUAGUGAAUUUAGCGAUACCAAACUACGUAAACAUCCAAAUAUUCGUACAUCAACACCAAAUAUAACUCGAUAUAGUUCAAGUUUAAGUUCGAAAGAAGUCGGGCAAAUAAGAAAACAACUAACUGAUCUUCAGAUAAUGUAUAAUGAUUUAUUAAAAUUACUUGAUGUUGAUAUUGAAUCUGUGAGAAGUAGUAUUAAAUCAAGUACUUCUUCACAAGUUGAACGUAAUGGACGAAAACAUCGUUUUCGAAAAGUAAUGCCUGUUAUGUCGAUGCCUCAUUCGAAUCCUGAUAUGAAAGAGAUUAAUCAACGUUUUACCAGAGUAGAAUCUUCAAUAGUAACAUUGGCUGAAUCUAUAGCUAAAUUAUCUGCACAAAUUCAGAUGCAACGCGUUAUUAAAGAUGAUGUUUACCAUUUACGGCAAGAAGUAGCUGAACUUCGCCAACAAGUCUACCAACAAUAUCCUCGACAACAACAACAGCAACAACAACCUUCAACACCUGCUGGUGGGAGAACAUCAUCAAUGUCAACAACAUCUCAACAACAAUCACGAUUGAUAACAGCUAAUGCUCAACGUCUUACUACUACUAAUAGAACAAAUCCAUUGAAUAUAUCUACAUCUUAUAUGCCAUCAACUUCAACAAUAUUGCGUUCGAAUUCAAUUAUAGAUCCAAGACAAGCACGAAAAAUUGAACAAUUUUUUGGUGCAGAAGCAAUGCUUCGUUAUUUUCUUAGUUUAUUAAAUUAUGAAGAAUAUGUUCCAGUCCUUGAACAAGAAAAGAUUGUUUUUUAUGAAUUACCAUAUAUCAGCGAAAGAAAAUUACAAAGUCUUGGUAUUCCAUAUGAAUUUUGUACUAGAAUUAUCUAUGAAGCACAACAAUAUUUCAUUUCACUUUUAACACUAAAAUCGAAUGGAAUCGAUGUAUAA